GGUUAUUUACAAGUUUGUACUCAAAAUUGUUCAAAAGUUCAAAAUGACUUAAAAUAUGACAAAAUUCUGUAAAUUCUAAAUUGAGCUGUAGAAAAUUUUAUUUAUCAAGAUCUAAAAAACAAAGUCGAGUAAAUUGAUGGUAAUUAAAAUUCACAACAUGGCUGGGGUAAAGCAAGUCAGAAAUAAAAAGCUUCUUCCAGACUUGCGAAAAGAAGGGCAUCUAUCUAAGGAUAUAAUAUUGUCAACAAAAGAGAAGCAUGGAGUAUCAGCAGGCUCCAGGCUAUUUUCACACCACACAUUAGCCAGUGUUAGGAGAUUAAGUUUCUAUCACCCAUUCUCAAUUCCAGAAGACAGUUUGGACAUAAUUCUAGCUGCAACUUAUGACCACUCCUAUGAGCAUUUCGCCGAUAAAGAAGAUUUGUAUUUGCAACCAGAAACUAGAGGUUGCGAAACUUGGAGACGUCUUAGGAACACUAUCGGCAAGCCACCUAAGCCGAAGAUACCUUUAGGCCAUCCUAUGAAGCGCGGCGGAAUCACUGAAAGGAAAUCACCGUUUAGCGUAAAACUGAUGAACUCCGGCGUCCACUCGUCGCAGACCAAUCCUGGUUACAGCAGACAGCCUGCGGGUGGAGCAAUUUUCUUCUAUUAACUUCGUUUGAUUAUAAAUUUGUCUCGGAUUAAAUGUAUAAUUAUAA